AUGGAGCUGAAGGUCUGGGUGGACGGGAUCCAGAGGGUCGUCUGCGGUGUCUCCGAGCAAACCACCUGCCAAGAAGUGGUCAUCGCCUUGGCGCGGGCCAUCGGUCAGACGGGCCGCUACGUGCUGGUGCAGAAGCUGCGGGAGAAGGAGCGCCUGGCCAAGUGUGGGCAGUAUGCCAACGAUGUGCAGUUUGUCCUGCGGCGGACAGGCCCCAGUGUGGCUGAGCGUCCCUCCUCGGAGGGUGCUCCCCAAGCCCCUGAGAGGACGUUCAUCCGGGCCAGCUUGCCCAUCAAGCCCAGGCUCACUGGCAUGGAUGCACCCCGUUCCCGGGAGCCGAAAAAAUCCAUGACCUUUAAUCUGGGGCCUACAGGCUCCGGCAGCCUCUUCACCAUGAGCCACUGGAGGCACCAAGUGCAGGAAGGGAUGGACUUGGAGGGCAGUGGGGUUGUACAACCCUCCAAGGAGGAGCUGUUUAGGAGGGUGCUGCGGCAGCAGGAGCAGCUGCAUUCCUUGGAGGCCCAUGGGGACACGCUGGAGACGGACCUACGGCUCUGGGAGCGCAGCCGGCUCACCAGUCAGGAGGACGAGAUCCUCUACCUGGAGCACCUGGUGCAGAGGAAUGAGACAGAGCUGGGUGAGGAGGAGUUUUGGCAGAGCGAGCUCCGGCUGGAGAAGGAGUGUGAGCGGGAGCAGCAGGAGCGGGUUAGGAGCCUGCGGGCCAGCCUAGAGGAGUACACCCAGAGGAUCUAUGAGCUGAGUGCCCAAACCGAGGCGCUGCAGGAGGAGAUCCAGUGGGAGAUGGCUGAGAGGUCCAAGAGGGGAAAAGAGACUCCUGCACCUACCCCCACAGAGCUGGAGGACAUGGCUGCCAAGAUGAAAAGGGACCUAGAGGCCAAGGUCAAGCAAGGCACCCAGCUGGAGAGCAACCUGGCCAGCGUGGAGAAGGCCCUGGAGGAAGCUGAAAGGAACUUGCAGGCCCAGACCCAAGAGCUGGAGGAGUUAAAUAAGGAGCUGAGGCAGUGUAAUUUGCAGCAGUUUAUUCAGCAGACGGGGGCCACGGUGACCAUCCUGCAGGCCAGGUCUGAGGAGGAUGCCCAGCCGGAGCCGAGCCUGCGCGAGCUGCCAGCCUGCCGGAGAAACGGAGGUUUUCCUCCCACUGCCAAUGCUGACUCACCUCCCCGGACCAGCACCAAGCAGCUCCUCAGCCAUCCCAGGACCCUGCCAGAGCCCCUGGUGUCCAGCCUGAACCCCGAGGUCAUAUCAACCAGGCAGAGCAUCUGGAGGUAG